AAGCCAAGGAGGUACUUAGAAACUACAUAAGAGGGACAUUACAUCCUAACAAGUAUCAGUUCUAUGAGGAAGAAGAAGAAGAAAGAAAGCCAACCCCUUUUCUCCUUUCCCUUCACUUUUCACUUCUCAUUUCCUCCUCCUCACCACUUCUUCUUCUUCUUCUUCUUCAUCUGCAACACUGGCUGAGGAGGAACCGAAACAUGUCCAAACUUGCAGCCCAUGUCGUCCUCUGUCUUCUGAAUCUUGUGAUUAGCCUCAGCCUCUCAUUAAUUACCACCUCCAAUGCAACCACUACCUCCUCUGCUCCUCCCCAUUUCAGAGAAGCCCCUGAGUUCUACAAUUCUCCGGAAUGUCCUCCAAUCCCAGAAGAUGAAACCAGUGACGACCAGGAAGGAUCCUACUUAUGUUCGGAUCAAACCAUCCACGUGGCAAUGACCCUUGACGCAGCCUACCUGAGAGGAUCCAUGGCAGCCAUCCUGUCGGUUCUCCAACACUCUUCCUGCCCUCAAAAUGUUGUCUUCCAUUUCGUCGCCUCCGCCUCUGCCUCCGCCGAUCAACUGAGAAGUACCAUUGCCAAGUCCUUCCCAUACUUGAGGUUCCAAGUUUACCCCUUUAACGACUCUGCUGUGGCGGGUCUCAUCUCCACCUCCAUUCGCGCCGCUCUGGAUUGCCCACUCAACUAUGCUCGGAACUAUUUGGCUAAUCUCUUACCACUCUGCGUCCGCCGAGUCGUCUACCUCGACUCGGACCUCGUCGUCGUCGACGAUAUCGCUAAACUCGCCGCCACCCCACUCGGCGACCACUCGGUCUUGGCUGCUCCGGAGUAUUGUAAUGCUAAUUUCACCUCUUACUUCACCCCGACCUUCUGGGCCAACCCUGCUCUGUCCUUGAUCUUCGCGGGUCGCAAAGCUUGCUACUUUAACACAGGGGUCAUGGUUAUCGAUCUGGAGAGAUGGCGUGCUGGGGACUACACUACCAAGAUCGUGGAGUGGAUGGAGUUACAGAAACGAAUGAGGAUUUAUGAAUUGGGUUCGUUGCCUCCGUUUUUGCUUGUCUUUGCAGGGAAUAUAGCUCCGGUGGAUCACCGGUGGAACCAACACGGGCUCGGCGGCGACAAUUUUUGGGGGCUUUGUAGGGAUCUGCAUCCGGGUCCUGUGAGUCUUCUGCAUUGGAGUGGAAAGGGUAAGCCUUGGGUGAGACUCGACGCUAACCGGCCUUGCCCAUUGGAUGCCUUGUGGGCUCCUUACGAUCUCCUGCAAACUCCUUUCGCUCUCGACUCCUGAGUCCAGACUCCAGACUCUCCCUUCUCACUCCUGCAACUGCGGGAGAAAAAGAUAAGACUCAUAAAGAAAGUGAGAAUGUGGACAUCAAUGUCCUCUGUUAUUUCAGUCAAGAGGGCAGUUCAUGCGUGGAGCAAGAGAAGACAAGACUGGAGCUGCUUUAAGAUCGAUAUGAUACAUAUAUAUUAUCUGUAUAUCUCUUAAGAUUUCAAAAUCCAGUUCGUUGAUCGAAGGAGAUGACAAAGCAGGAGGGCCAGACAGAGAUCCAAAGUCGCUGCAGACCAGAUAUCUUUCUGUUUUUUUCUGGGUAUCUCCCCUAUUGGGAAUGAAGUUGCUAUUGAUCAAAGAUGAACAGAUGGAGGUGUUUCACUUCAUCUUAUUAACUGUAGAUUAUUAUACACACAGACAUUAAUAGAUUUUGUAAGAGUUUUGUAUAUCUGGGACUCUUAAUUCUGCAACAGAGCAGAGGAAUACAGAUCCAAAAAAUACCAAUAAAGUUGAAAGCAAAAGGGAAAGAAAAUUAUCAUUA